AUGACUCCAGAAAACUUGGAUUCUGAUCACCAGUUUUCCGCCACAGAAAAGCCAUGUACAACCGAAGCUUCUGAGCUUUCUAUGGCCACCACAACCUACGCUACCAUCUCCGAUGAUAAUCAAAGAACCUACGAGCACUUGUUAACGUAUAAGCCAGUAAAGGCGGCUCAUGACUGGUUUGCCAAUUGUAAGUAUGUCAAAUAUGUGGCCGACACCGCAAAUCCAGCCAUUCAGUACAUUGGAGACUUCAAAAUCGUACAGUCCACCACAAGAAGAGCCGACUUGAUAGCUGACAAAGAAUUAAACAAACUCGAUUCGAUUUUGACCUACCGUAACUCGCCGAAGAUACAAGAUUUGACCCAUUCCAUUCUGGGAACGAUCGAGAUGCUUCAUCUUGUUGCCCUAAAGGGCGUCUACGAGCCUACGAUUGAGAAAGUCUAUAGGUUGUGCGUUACGACGCAAGCAUACCUACACGACGAAAAUGGCAAAGCGAUUGUGCCUUCAGUCGCUGACCCUAUUGUAUCACCAAUCAAUGUGUUGUUGGUCAAAUCUUUGAAUAAGUGGAACCCAGAGCUUGGUGAUGUUGGUGAACAGUCCAGUGAGCUUAAAAGAACGUACAAAAUUAUUGCAUUGGCGCGAAGCAAAUCAAAAGCAGAGACUACCAAGGAUAUCAUUGCUCAAGCGUCAACAGAAGUUGAAGCUGAAGCUGAGUGA